AUCGAGCUCAGAAUAGCUCAGCACCGCUGGGGGCACGUUCGCCUAUAGAAGCGGGGAAGCCCUCGCCCCUCUCCUGCACACACGCAACCCCGCUCGGCUGGAGCUGUCCACGCGUCGUGGUGCUGAAUCUUGUCCCUGAGCCCCGUCGAGUGCAUCCCAGAGAGGCGCUGGCCGCGCGGCUAAGCAAGGCAGAGGCGCUCGGAGCUGUCCAUCGGCUCGGGUGCCGACCAGUAAACCUCCAGGCAGAGCGGAGCCGCUCAUCCAUGGGAGGCGGAGCGGGGCUGGCCUGAGCCCGGGCACCGGGAGCCUAGCGGGGGCAGAGCGCUCCAGCCACACCGCCGCUUCUUGUUCAGCCGAGCCCCAACUCCCCCCCGGCCCGCCCCGCUAUGGCGUUCAUGGUGAAGUCCAUGGUGGGCGGCCAGCUGAAGAACCUCACCGGCGGGCUGGGCGGCGAGGAGAAGGGGGAUGGCGAGAAAUCCCCGGCCGAAGCCCAGGGCAUGACGCGGGAGGAGUAUGAAGAAUACCAGAAGCAGCUAGUGGAGGAAAAGAUGGAAAGGGAUGCCCAGUUCACCCAGCGUAAAGCAGAGAGAGCCACGCUCCGGACCCACUUUAGAGACAAGUACCGGCUCCCCAAGAAUGAAACAGAUGAUAGUCAGAUCCAGCUGGCAGGAGGGGACGUGGAGCUCCCCAAGGAGCUGGCCAAGAUGAUCGAGCAAGAUAACGAGGAGGAAGAGGAAAAGGACUCUGUUAUCGGACAGCUGACCAGCAUCCCAAACCUGGACCUUGAUUCCCUGAAGGAUAAAGCCCAGGCCACGCUAGAGGACCUGAAGCAGUCAGCUGAAAAGUGUUCUGUUAUGUGACACAGCUGGUUCCCUCGACAUAACACCCCAUUCUUAACUGUAUAA